ACGGCACAUAUGCCUCUCCUCGUUUUAAAACCUAAGUAUUAAUUUUAUUCAUCAUCAAGCAAACUCAAACUUCCUCGCACUAGAUCAAUCUCUUAUAUUUUUCAUAUUUUUCUCAAGCAAAUUCAUGGAAAAGCCAGAAGGGUACCCAGAAGUUGCCACAGAAAACGCUUCUAUAUCAAACUAUGGGAAUUCUUCUCCAUUUUGGGUUAUGGAAGAUGAUGAUGAUCUUUCACUACUAGAAAGCGGGUUGUUCAAAACAUAUCAUAUUGAUGAUGAAAUGGGUGACAAUGACUAUGAAUCCAAGAUUAGAAAACUAGUUGAUCCAAGACUGCUGGCUCUGGUAGAAUUCUUUAGAGAACUCUAUUUUCGUAAAAGGGAUUUGUUCAAGAGAAUUUUUCCGGGGUUCCAAGACGAAUUCCGGGAAUUGUUAAAGAAAUUAUCCCGCCUGAAAUCGGAUCGAACCAAAGCUAUGCAAAGGAGCUUAAGCCUUGGUUCUCCAAGAAAACCUAAAGCAGUUCAAUCAACAUUGAGGUUGGAGAGGUUCAAGGUACGGACUAUUACUUUGGAUGGUGGUGAUGAUCAGCAAGGUGACAUGGGUAUUAAUAGUACUACUACAAAAUCGCAAGGUUCAAAAUGAACAACUGGGGAAAGCAGGAAGGUCCAAAUUGAAGGAUUAGAAACGUAUAUAUGCAGUUAAAUUAGGUCUUGGAGACCAUUUAAUUUGUUUUAGGGAAAUUCAUAAUAAUGGAUUGCUCUGUCAAAGAAAAAUAAUCGAGUUUGUAAAGUAGAAAAUUUGUGCGUCCGGAUGUUUAGUGGAAUAGCAAUAUUAGAAAAAAAGUAAAAUUAUUUGUUAUAUUGUAUUUGUUUAUCCGUGUACAUAAAUUAUAAUAAUCUUCUAAGUAAUUCUGAACUUAGAAAUUUUUUUUUUAAUAGUUCUUUUUGCAAUGUAAAAAAAAAAAAAAUACAUAUAUAUAUAUACAC